GCCCUCGUGAGGCCCUUUGUUAUCUUUCUUCUUUUCUUUCCAUUUAUACUUUUUGUGUGAUAUUGGCAGUGUAUUGAUCGAGUCUGAUAAGCAUCCGGUCAGAAUUUUGCUUGAAGGGAUUGCAGUAGAGCUUCUCGUGCAGCAUGACAAUAUGUUGGAGCAUCCAACAUUUCCACGUGCUCACCGCCAUCUGUCGCCUCUGUCGUCCCCCAGAGAUCGAUGACAAGAUGCGGGCUUUUGCCGAGCAGAUCUUUGCAUCUGAGAACAAAGGCGAGGACAUCCGCGAUGAGAUCUCCGUCUUUGACGUGCCCGAGGACUGUCCCAUUCUCCACCAUGAAAUGGCGCACCACCUUCAUGUUGAUGAUGAUGUUGAGAAGCGCAAGAAGCGCUUUCACAGCAUGGCCGCGCCAAGGGCUGAUACCCACACACGUGAGGUCCCUGUGAUGUCAGUGGAAGUGGACACACCCAUCUAUUUGGAAGUGCCGGACUUCCAAAGAGUGGCCAUCAUUGGGGACUACGCUUCUGGGGUAAGGGCAAGA